CUGCUCGGUUGUGCUCGAUCGGUCACUCGAACGAAGCCAAGCUCCUCGUUUCCUGUCAGCCGGCAGGCGGGAGUGGGAGCGCCGGAACUAGUAGAGCAGGCAGCGGUCGGCGGCGACCAGGGUGUUCGGGUGGAGCCUGGAGCGGGCCAGUGGGCAGCGAGGGUAGUCGCACGCGGCGGCGUCCGGACGUCCGGGGAGGCGGGGGAGCGCGUAAGGAGUGCAGCAAGGCAUUGACGGUAGCAUCUUCCAGGAGCGAGCAAAUUGCACGUUCGGUUUGACCUUCGACAUCCCAGUUCCCACCCCACCGCCGGCGAUGGCGGCGAAGGUGCGGUUCGGCCUCCUGGUGGCGAUGUUCCAGGCCAUGUCGGGCGACAAGAGGUCGGCGAAGAAGCGCGCCCGCCUCCGCGCUUUCCUCGACCGCGCCUACGUCCCCAGCGGCGGUAGGGAUGACUACUUCAGCGCGCUGCGCCUCGUCCUCCCGGGGCUCGACCGCGAGCGCGGCACCUACGGGCUCAAGGAAACCGCCCUCGCCGCCGUGCUUGUCGACGCCCUGGGCAUCGCCAAGGACUCCCCCGACGCCGUCCGGCUCAUCAACUGGCGCCGCGGCGGGGGUGGCCGUAACGCUGGCAACUUCGCGCUUGUCGCAGCUGAGGUCUUGCAGCGGAGGCAAGGUAUAACGUCUGGUGGAUUGACAAUAAAGGAGGUCAAUGAUGCACUUGAUCGUUUAGCUGCAACUGAGAACAGGUCUGAGAAGGCCACAAUUCUUUCUAGUCUGAUCAAGAAAACCAAUGCCCUUGAAAUGAAGUGGCUUCUGAUGAUUAUUCUUAAAGAUUUGAAGUUGGGGAUAAGUGAGAAGAGCAUAUUUGAUGAAUUUCAUCCUGAUGCCCAAGACUUAUUCAAUGUCACUUGUGACUUGAAAUUCGUCUGUGAGAAGCUCAAUGAUCGAAGCCAAAGGCAUAAACGCCAGGAUAUAGAAGUUGGGAAGGCUGUCAGGCCUCAACUAGCUAUGCGAGUCCGUGAUGCUUCGGCUGCUUGGAAGAAGCUUCAUGGAAAACAAGUGGUUGCUGAGUGCAAAUUCGAUGGUGACCGUAUUCAAAUUCACAAAAAAGGGGAAGAGAUUCAUUUCUUCUCAAGGAGCUUUCUUGAUCACUCUGAAUACGCACCUGGGAUGUCAAAGAUUAUUAAGGAAAAUAUCCUGGUUGACAGGUGUAUAUUGGAUGGAGAAAUGCUUGUCUGGGACACUGUGCUUAACCGUUUUGCUGAAUUUGGUUCAAACCAGGAAAUAGCUAAGGCCGCAAGGGAGGGGCUGGAGACUGAUCGGCAGUUGUGCUAUGUUGCUUUCGACAUCCUUUAUGCUGGAGAUACCAGUGUUAUCCACCAAAGCUUGACAGAGCGGCAAGAAAUUCUACAGAAGGUUGUGAAACCUUUAAAGGGUCAUCUCGAGAUUUUGAUCCCAACGGGUGGUCUAAAUGUCCGUCGCCCUUCAGAUGAACCGUGCUGGUCCAUUAUUGCACAUAAUCUUGAAGAUGUUGAGAAAUUCUUCAAAGAUACUAUCGAUAACAGAGACGAGGGCAUUAUACUGAAGGACCUUGCUUCCAAAUGGGAGCCUGGUGAUCGAAAUGGAAAGUGGCUUAAACUAAAGCCUGAUUAUAUACAUGCUGGUGCUGAUCUUGAUGUUAUUAUUAUAGGAGGAUACUAUGGAUCUGGACGUCGAGGAGGAGAGGUUGCACAGUUUUUAGUUGGCCUUGCAGUGCCUUCAGAUGAUAACAGUUAUCCCAAAAGAUUUCUUUCCUUUUGCCGGGUUGGUACUGGCCUCUCUGAUGAAGAGCGUGAUGCUCUUGUCACCAAACUGAAGCCUUAUUUCAGGAAAAAUGAGUACCCCAAAAAACCACCCAAAUUUUAUGAAGUUACAAAUAACUCAAAGGAGAGGCCAGAUGUUUGGAUAGAGAGCCCUGAUAAGUCAGUCAUAAUAUCUGUAACGAGUGACAUUCGUACAAUCAAGUCCGAGGUAUUUGCUGCUCCAUACUGUUUGAGAUUCCCCCGUAUUCAGAGAGUGAGAUAUGAUAAGCCAUGGCAUGAGUGCCUUGAUGUUCAGGCAUUUGUGGACAUUGUGCAUUCAAGUAAUGGAACAACACAAAAGGCGGCAGAUGAUAAUAGCCUGGAGAAUGAUAACACAAAACGUUCAAGAACAAACAAAAAAGGGGAGAAGAAGAAGAGUGCCUCAAUCAUCCCUUCACAUUUAAUGAAGACUGAUGUAUCAGGUCUCAAGGGAGAAACGCUGAUAUUUGCAAACAUGAUUUUCUAUUUUGUCAACAUCCCAUCAUCAUAUAAUCUCGAAUAUUUUCAUAAACUAGUUGUGGAAAAUGGGGGAUCUUUCUCCAUGAAUUUGAAUGACUCUGUUACUCACUGCAUAGCUGCGGAGAAGAAAGGUAUCAAGUAUCAAGCAGCCAUACGUCAGGGAAGGAUCAUUCACUAUGACUGGAUAUUGGACUGUUGCAAGGAAAAACGUCCUCUUCAUUUGCAACCUAAGUAUAUACUUUUUCUUUCUGAUUUUGCCAGGCACAAAUUUCCUGAAGAGAUUGAUUCAUAUGCUGACUAUUACUACUGGGACAUUGAUAUUGCUGACCUCAAGCAGAUUUUCAGUAACAUCGACAAAGUUGCUGAUGAUUCGAAUAUGGUCAGUCAGUACAGAAAGAAGCAUUGCAUAGACGAGAGAUUCUGCUUCUUCCUGGGUUGCUGUGUCUACUUCCAUAAUACACCCUUAGUGAAUGAGGACUACAAUGUAAUAUCCGGUAUUGCCCUGGAGAGGAUGAAGCAGGAUCUAACAAUGCAUGGUGGUCAAGUCUGCAACAGCAUUGCUUCAGCAACUCAUUUGGUUCUAGUUUCAGUUUUACAUACAUACAACUUUGACAUCCUGUACAAGAGCUUCCCUCCUGCUGAAAGACGUUAUCUACAUGACAAAAGAUUGCAUGUUGUCAGUAAUAAGUGGUUGGAAGAUUCAGUGGAGAAACAAAUGAAGCUGUCUGAAACUGCUUACAAUCUUAAACCAGAUACACUGGAAGAGCUAGAAAUUGUAAGGAGUGAGGAAAAUGUUCGCCCUCUGGGUCAUAAGUUUGAGGAACACAAGGAGGUUGAAAGAGCAAAUGUCAAAUAUGCCCCAAGGAAAAGGAGCAGGGCAGCCAGUAGUUCAAGGGCUGCAAAAGCUGCUCCUAGACCAGUCCGGCGAACAAGGGCAAGAAGAGGAAACCAGCAAGCAAAAAUAGACGAUGAUGUUGAAUCUGAAGAAAGUGUCCCUGAUGAAUGUCAAGGUGAUCAAAAUAUGGACACGGACUACAUCUCUAAUGAGAUUGGGAAAGGUAUCAGCAACAAAGACCAACGACUGUCCCGAGCUGCUUCCAGACCAGUCCCGAGAACAAGGGCUAGGAGAGGAAAUCAGCAUGCAAAGAUAGAUGAUGGAGAAUCUGAAGAAAGUGGGCCUUGUGAAACAGGUAAAGAAGAUCAAAAGUUGAAUGUGGAUUACAUCUCCAAGACGGAAGCAGAUAACAGCGAGAAAGACCAGGGACCACCUCCAGGUGCCCAGUUUCUCACAUUAGGGGAGCAAGAGCCUGAAGGUGUCAAAUCGAAAGCCAUGGAGGAGAAACCAAGCAGUCCUUUCCAAAGAACAAGUGCUGGUGAAGUGACGAGUAGUGUACCGUGUGAGAAGAUAGAACAAAUGGUAGAUCCGUUGCACGCAAUGCUUCUGGAUAUGAUACCAACCCUGAGCACGACAAGUCCAGAAGAUGCAAACAGGGUGCCCCCGACGAAAAUUGAGAAGGAGCCGCCUGAGGUAGGAAGUUACACAUCCAAAAGUUCUGAUAUUCCGGUGCCAGAUGCAGGAACAUCCGGGGUUCCAGCGCCAGACCCGAAUGCAGCUCCUCCAAAGAAGAAAAAGGUCAGUUACAAAGAUGUCGCUAGUGAGCUUCUGAAAGAUUGGUGACUCAAUUUGUCAACUGGGUUGGUUUAACCUGUAAUGCUGAACGCCUUUUACCAUUGUGGUAACUAUAUGUUGUAAAUAGGAUAAAUACAUGUGAAUAUGCCUGUUCGUAGCACCACUUUGGUUGUUCGUCCUGCUCUCUCGUAGUCCGUGUUUUGCCUGUUGAGAACAGGGACUGUUGAGCUUGAGCCUAGCAACACUUAUGGUGACUCUGACCAGUAUGCAUGCAGAACGCAAGGAUUUUACAGGAA